GUUGUAGCAUUUUUGACAUUUCCGAGUUUCCUAGUUCCGACUUGUAGUUGAACGCGGCUCAAGUGGGGUUCUGGGAUUUCAAUUGGAGAAGCAAUCUCUGCCUAUCUUCAUACUGUACUGUCUUUGACGUAAUUUGUAUCAGUUUGGAUAUGCGGAAAGUUGGAACGUCGAGUUUCAUUUGGUCAAGAGCGGUUGACUUGAAAUUGACCCACAAAAGUAGCUAGCAAGAUUCGAUAAGUAGACACAUAUGAAGAGCGGUCUGUGAGGACUGACAAUAGUGGAAGCGAAUGAAAACAUGUAACGUUAGCUAGCUAUAUAUGUCUUAAUGUCUUCUAUCGAAUUAAUACAAUUUACAGCGAUAAGCUAGGUAACGUUAGCCUGCUGUUGCUAGCUUGAAGUUGAAGAAGUGGAGAGGAGACGAACGCUUAGCACUAUAUAUAGAUAUUUUUAAAGUUAUAUUUUAGAAAAGUUCAUAUUACUCCACUGGAAAGUUUUGCUUAUGAGGACUCCGAUUCGGCGUCGCGUGGAGCAGUGAGGACCGAACCACCACAGUGAUGUCAGCUGAUGCGCUCAACCCCACCUCUCUCAACCCCUCAGUGAUGUCAGCUGAUGUGCUCAAACCUACCUCUCCCAACCCCUCAGUGAUGUCAGCUGAUGCGCUCAACCCUACCUCUCCCAACCCCUCAGUGAUGUCAACUGAUACGCUCAACCCUACCUCUCCCAACCCCUCAGUGAUGUCAACUGAUACGCUCAACCCUACAUCUCCCAACCCCUCUGUCUCGUCCAUCUCUCUGGUUGAGAUCAAGGCAGAUACUCGUCUGGUGCUGAAAGCUUUCCUCCGCAGCGCACUCUCUAAUCCUUCAACCGAGUGGCUUGGGACGGUGGGGGGAAGCUACAAAGACCACAACAAGUACAGUGCAAAGGAGUCUAGGAAGCGGCCGGACAAUGGCUGGGACUCUCUGGAUGAAGCAAUCAGCUCAGUGGAGGAGAAGAAACACGGCUUGAAGGACCUCAUUAAAAGACGACUGCAGCCACGGCCCUCCACCCUGCCCCUCCGUCGCUCAGCUAAAGACAGCGGUGCAGACCAGACACAAAAUGGUGGCUCUUUGGAGAAGGACGGAAGACCAAACCGAACCAACCCAGGCCUGCCAGGCUUCUUCAGAGACCAACUCGAGGAAGAUGUUAGGUUCCCCUCCUCCAUGUCAGAUGAAGAAGGGAACGAUCCGAAACAGCAGAAAAAGGCAAAGAAGUUGAAGAGCCAGAUCUCCUCUUUCUUCAGCAUAAAAAAGAAGCCAGAAAAGGAUAAAGACAAGGAUGAGACGCGUCUUCAGAGGCCAUCCACACUGACCAUCGGCGUAGGGCCAGUACCCGUGGCGCCAGUCAUCUCUCCCACACACCCUCCUGAGUUCUAUGAGGAGGUGGCUGAGACUCUGGACAGGAUUGCUCAGCGGUCUCACAGUAUGAAGAGACCCCAAAAGCCCAGCCCACGACCCAGCCCUGCUACCACCCCGGUCAAACCUCCCCCUGAACCCGAUAAAGAAGAAAUGGUGCGCCAGCUGGUCCAGGUACUGUCUAUGGAAGGGGAUGCCAUCAACUACAAGAUCCAGUCAGACCCCUUCCUGCGCUCCACGCUGAACCGUCUCUCAUACCCGUCCUUCGCUAAGCUUCUGGACACCUUCGCCAGCCAGGAACAGGCCACGCCCUCACCUCUGCCGCCUCCUGCCAGCAGCCCCACGCUGAGACGAGUGGCCGUCACCAUGGAGGUGUCGCGGCGUGUCGUCACAGCGACAGGGAUGCAGCGCAUGCAGGGCUACGCAGAACGCUAUAUGGAGAACUUUGCCCCCCUGGGUGAAGAGCCAUGGAGGAUGGGAAAGUAUUGUCCAGUUGGAAGAGAUUUUGGAGUGCGACUGACAACCCUCCACCAUCAAGGCAGCUCGGAAAUCCUCACUACUUCCUUUUAACGGUGAACUCUAAUCUAUGACUAAGGCCUGGAGUUGUUUCCUAUCAGGUCGGGUACAACUCAAGGCCCUUCCUGACCUCAGUUCUCCUGUGGUGAGAGACGGAGAAGGAGUUAGCUUUUUAUAACUCUACGACACGUGAAUUAUGUCACUUGUAUUUGUCUGAGAAUCAUGUGUACUUGUACAAUUUUUUUAAAUAUUUUUUUUAUCAACCUUUUUCUAUAAACAUGUUUUACAAAAA